ACGAGGGAGGUCGUCUUUCAGUCCAGAUAUGAAGGCUCUGCUGUUGCAAGAGAAACUCUUCUAACACUUGGAAACUUUACUUAUUGUCCGUCUGACAAAAGAGGAAAUCAUCUGGGAGAUUUACUCGUUCCACCUCGUGCUUUAGUUGUUGUUUUUGCUUUGCGUGGUUUUGGCUCUGCUUGUGAAUGAAAAGCAUUUCGUUUUGGGGCUAUAAAGGACAAUAACUAGUGGAUUACAUCGUCCAGCGCUGCUGUGAGUUGCGGUCAACUUUCAAAGUGGAUUUUGGUUUCAUCUUUGAAAGUAACAACACCGUACCUUUACUGAACACAUGAGGAGUUUGCCCACAGGAUUUGCAUGUUUGACUAUCCUGCUUAUUAGCUGUAGUCAUUCUGCUUGAGGAGUUGGAGUACCUCUAGUGUUUUCUUAGAGAGCCUCUUCCUCCUUAUCUCUUCAUUUCUGCCUUCUUUAUCUUUCUCUCCCUCUCUCCUUUGUGUACUCUGGAGAAGGAGGAGCUCAGGACCAAAAAGAAGAGGACUGGAUAGUGAUGUCACCCUGUGCGUUCACAUUUUCGCCAAGAAUGCUUAAUGGAAAGGACAAACAGAAAUUCAGCAAACAACGCUAACAGCUGAGUUAAAGAACCCUGCUCUCAUUCAUCAAGGUAACUGUGGUUUUCUGGGGCAAUAGCAGCUCUUUGAUUUGUUAGCCCCUCCCUCUGCAUGGAACCACUCUGAACCAAUCAAACACCCCACUGCCAGCUAGCUAUGGACUGCACGGCAGCUAUUUUGAAAGCAUGCGCCCGCUCCAGAACCAAGUGGUGUCGGCACGAGCGGUCCUCCGUCCGUCGCCCAUGGAGACCGGCGGACUGCUGCAGUUGUGGCAGAGAUGUCGUGGCGGCGGAGGUCGUCAGCCGCGCCUCCUCCCUCCUGCGGCGCUUGCUGUUUUACGCAUGCUGUUGUCUGUCACGCGAGGAGAGCUCUGAGCUGUGUCGGGAAUGGAUAGAUCGUCCCGGAGGAGGACCAGGAAGAAGUGAAGAAGAAGGUGAGGAUGAGGAGUUAGGACCGCCCCCCACUGUAGACGAGGCGGCUGAUGCUCUGAUGACCAGGCUGGGCUUCCUGUUGGGGGAAAAGACAGUCAGUGGAGAGCCGGGGUCCCCUUACCAUGGCCAGGAUGAUGGACAGAGGAUCUCUCCUUCCUCCAGUCUGGCCAGUAGCAGCACCUCCCCCUGCUCUACACUGCAGCCUCCUGCAGGAGAGGAGGGCAACAAGCAUGCCUCCACUAACCACGCCUCCGUCACCUCCCCCACCUCAACACUGGAGAGCAGAGACAGUGGCAUCAUAGCUACGUUGACCAGCUAUUCUGCUGAAUCAGCAGCAGAGAGAGACGGCAGCGCUAAGUACCCCGGUGAUGGUUACCAUGGCAGCAGCCCAAACCUCUGGCAGCAGGGGGGGCGGCCCGUGGUGGCUUCCACUUCCUCCUCGUGUAUGGUAGCAGCAGGAAGAGUGAAUGACGACUUCCUGUACAGGGCGGAGGACAACAUGGCCGCCUCCACCUACAGCCUCAACAAACUCCACCCAGACCGUGGCUCUGGCCCCGCCCGCUCAUCAGGCUCCACCCACUCCAUCCCUCUCUACCUCAUGCCCCGCCCUAAUUCAGUCGCUGCUACUAGUUCUGCCCACCUUGAAGAUCUAGCAUAUCUGGAUGAGCAGCAGAGACACACCCCUUCAAGGGCGUCCCUCAGAAUGCCCAGACAGAAUUCUGCGAGUCGUAGUCAACAGGACCACAGAGUUUGUUUCACUCCCACUAUCAACCUGAAGCCCCUCCCCUUUGAGGUUGCCGGCCUCGUGUCUGAUUGGCUGUUCAUCGGCAGGGAGUGGCUCUUCCAGGAAGUGGACGCUUGUCUUCGUAGUGCCGACCCAACAACCAGUCAGGGUGUGGUAAUCAUUGGCAAUAUGGGCUUUGGUAAAACGGCCAUCAUCGCCCGCCUGGUGGCGCUCAGUUGUCAUGGAAACCGCAUGUGGCCAAGCACUGCCGACGACCAGUCCAUGCCUAAACAUGUAGAGGCUGUUUCAUUCUCCCAUGAUUCCUUGGGAAGAGGAGGAGGAGGAGGAGAUGAAGGAGGAGGAGGAAGCUGUCCAGGGACUCCAGAGAUGAGGAGGAGACAGGAGGAGGCGCUGAGGAGGCUUGCAGGACAAGUAGUCUCUUAUCAUUUCUGUCAAGCUGAUAACUGUCAGACCUGCCUGGUUCCGGAGUUCGUCCACAACAUGGCGGCGAUGCUAAGUGACGCCCCUCAGCUGUCGGCCUAUCGGGAGCUGCUGCACCGAUCGCCACAGCUGCAAAGUACGCUUAGCCUGCGCUCCUGCAUACAGGAUCCAAGCACUGCCCUCCAGAGAGGAAUACUAGAACCACUGGACGCUCUCUACAGAGAGAGGAAGUUGCACGUUGAGGGGGCGGGGCUUAUUAUGCUGAUUGAUGGGCUGAACGAGGCAGAGUUUCACCGGCCGGACUACGGUGACACACUGACUUCCUUCCUGUCCCGAAACAUCCAGAAAUUUCCUUCCUGGUUGAAGGUCAUUACCACUGUCAGGACCAAUCAGCAGGACAUCACUGGUUCUCUACCUUUUCACCGUAUCUCUCUGGACAGGAUGGAAGAGAACAGUGCCAUAGACCAGGACCUGCAGGGUUACCUGAUGCAGCGAAUCCACAGCAGUGCUGAGAUCCAGAGCAACGUGUCACUGAGCAAUGGUCGCCUUGACAACACGGCACUGGCCAAGCUGAUAGGCCACCUGAAGAGCCUGAGCAAGGGCUCGUACCUCUACCUGAAACUGACCCUGGACCUGAUAGAGGGAGGAUACCUUGUCCUAAAGAGCUCCAGCUUCAAGGUGGUUCCUGUGAGUCUAGCAGAGGUCUACCUGCUGCAGCUCAACAUGCGGUUUCCCACCCAGUCGUCCUUUCAGAGAGUUCUGCCGCUGCUCAACGUUACUGUGGCGUCACUGCAACCACUGACCGACCAGCAGCUGUUUGAGGUGGUGAAUGCGGGCGCUCUGACUGGAGGAACACUGCACUGGGCGGAGUUUGCACACCGUCUGGAGCAGCUCUCCUCUUUCCUGCUGCGGCGAAGUGACGGCAGCAGGAUGCUAAACCACGCCUCCUUCAGGGAGUGGCUGAUGUGGAGAGAGGAGGGUCAGGACAACAGGUUCCUCUGCGACCCCAGGAGCGGUCACACUCUCCUGGCCUUCUGGCUCUGCAGACAGGAAGGAAAGUUGAACCGACAGCAGAUGCUGGAGCUGGGACAUCACAUCCUGAAGGCUCACAUCUACAAAGGUCUGAGUAAGAAGCUUGGGGUUUCCUCCUCAGUUCUGCAGGGGCUGUGGCUGUCCUACAGCACAGAGAGCCUGAGCCCUGCUCUGUCAUCACUGCGCAAUCUCUACACCCCCAACAUCAAGGUGAGCAGGUUGCUGAUUAUCGGUGGGGCUGAUGUGGAUUUCCGUAGUGAUGUCCUCAACAACGCCCCCCUGCUGUGUGUCCACGCUCACCUUGGCCACAGUGAUGCUGUGGCACUGUUGCUUGACCACGGAGCUCAGGUGGAUGCUCAGUCAAAUGAUGGUUUAACUGCACUGGGAUUCGCUGCUGCAGCUGGACAUCUGGACGUAGUCACUAUGUUGAGUCACCACAGAGCUAAGGUGGGUCACGUGGACAGCUCAGGGCGGUGUGUUUUGGUACACGCGGCUCAGCGGGGCCACCUGGAGGUGCUGCGCUUCCUGCUGAAGCAUGUGGACUGGAGCUGCACUUCCUGCUGCGGCCAGAGGGCGGCGAGCAGGUGCCAGGCGGUGCAGCAGGCUCUGGUUUCUGCAGCCAGCAUGGGCCACACAGAGAUAGUAUCAUACCUCCUGGAUCUUCCAGAGGAAGAUGAGGAAGAGGAGGAGAGACCUGAGAUCAACGCACCUGACAGUCUGUGGGGAGAGACAGCUCUGACCGCAGCAGCAGGAAGUGGCCGGCUGUCUGUUUGCAGGCUGUUGUUGGAUCAGGGUGCGGCUGUUGAGCAAGGCAACAGGCGGGGCGUGGCUCCGCUCUUCAGUGCUGUGAGACGUGGCCACUGCCAGGUGGUGGAGUUGUUAUUGAAUCACGGGGUGGAGGUGAACAUGGUCGACCACCAGGGUCGAACAGCUCUGAUGACGGCAGCCUCAGAGGGACAUAUGACCACUGCCCAGCUGCUACUGGAUCAUGGAGCCUCUCUCGACCAGACCGACAAGGAAGGGUUAACGGCGCUGAGCUGGGCGUGUCUGAAAGGCAAGCUCCCAUUGGUCAGGGAGCUGGUGGAGAGAGGCGCAGCCACAUCUCAUGCUGACCGCAGUGGACGGACACCUUUGGAUCUGGCUGCCUUUUGCGGUGACCCAGAAGUGGUGCAGCACCUCGUGGAUCACGGUGCGUCGGUGGAGCAUGUGGAUUGCAGCGGGAUGCGUCCUCUGGACCGAGCGGUCGGCUGCAGAAACACCUCAGCUGUCAUCGCUCUGCUCAGAAAGGGGGCCAAAAUAGGACCAGCGACCUGGGCCAUGGCGACCUCUAAACCAGACAUCUUAAUGGUCCUGCUUAGUAAAUUGAUCCAAGAGGGAGACAGAUUGUACAAGCAAGGUAAAGUGAGGGAAGCUGCUCACUCCUAUCAGUCAGCUCUCCAGAAGUUUCCAGGGGACGAGCUUAAGACGUUCAGACAGCUGAGAGUGUGUGUGCUGCUCAACCUGUCACGCUGCCGCCGCAAGAUGAACGAUUUUAGCCUCGCUGAGGAGUUUGCCACCAAGGCGCUAGAGCUCAAAGCUAAAUCCUACGAAGCCUUUUAUGCCCGGGCCCGUGCCAAGCGCAGCCGCAGACAGUUCCGUGCAGCCCUGGAGGACCUGAUUGAGGCCAGCCGCCUGUGCCCAUCCAACCGGGAGAUCCAGCGCCUGCUGUCCCGGGUCAAGGAAGAGUGCCGGCAGGCUGCGCAACAACAAGACUCUCCCCCUCCUUCAGCACAUCAUGUUUAUCAACCGAAUAUGCCCAUGUCCAUCAACGAGGCCAGGUGCAGAGAUUCAGGUUGUUUGCAGGUGCAGGACAGGGAGCGGCUUACCGAGGAAGAGGAGGAAGAGGAGGAAGAGGAGGAGGAAGAACAAGAGGGAAGCCAGAGGGAAGGAGAUGCUCCUCCUCACUCCUCUCACCACCCACCUGUAGGCCAAAGUCUUGACACCCACUGCCGCCCUGGAGUGCCAUCACCCUCCUCCCUCUCCCCCACUCACCUGUAUCAUCACCUCCCCAGCCCCACUCACACCCCCUCUUCUUCUUCUUCCUGUCACCCUGCGCCUCCCCCCCCGUCUUCCUCCUAUCACCACUUCAGCCCUCCUCUCUCCCCAAUGCAGCAUCAGCAGCGUGCCAGCCCAAUGUCGGAAAGUAUGCCUGCAUUGUCAGGAAAUGGAGGUCUGCACCACCAUCCGCAGUCCAUCUCAGCCCUCCACUACUCAGACCAGAACCAGGGAGUGCAGCAGCAACACCACCUGUCCAAUCAGAGAUCCUUUCCUAAGCAGAACCCUGUUCAAGGCCAGUGGCUCCAACCAGCCAAAGUCCAGGUUGUGAGAUCCAGUCAGCCCAGUUCCUUGGCUCACACCAGCAUGGUUUCUGCCUACUCCCAGUUUGGCCAACUGCCACAAGAACUGGCCGAACUGGGGGAAGGCAUUUGCCCGGGCCCCCUAGAAAUCAGGCCUAACCUGCCAGUUUCAUAUCCACUAGAUGAUGUGGAUGUCGACUUUGCUUGCCAGGCAAGAUCUGCAUCUGCCUAUGGGAGAGAAGGAGUAGGGGAUAGGGCGGGGCUAAAUCGGUUUGGGCAGGCCCGUCAGUUCAGCCGCAACCAAUCCAAAGCAGCCCACUACCCCAUGGAAGUUACUGAGGCAACAAUGGUGCCUCCUGAUAACCUUCCAUCAUCACACGAUUAUCAAUACCAUCACCAGGGGGGGCUACGACGGCCGCUCAGUGCCCACCCAACCUCUUCCCCCACUAAUCCUCCCAGGCCUCUUGUCCACUCCCAGGGUAUCAGUGUCCGUUUCUCCGCCAGCAGCUGCAGCCUCGCUGGUGGGCAGCCUGCUAACCAUGGCCCAGGCUUCAGGUCUUCAGCCUCCGCCCAGCACAUGGAUUUACCUUCAGAUGUGGGAGGGGUUACUGGUUACCAUGAUGACCUCUUUCUGAUCUCCUCUCCCCAGUCAGAAAUAUGCAUGGAAGGAGGCGGUACUUAUCCUGGAGAGGCGGGCCGAUCAUCAAGGAACACUCCUUUUAUGGGCGUUAGUGACCGGACCGCGAGAGUGCACCAGCAGUAUCAACAAGCUCCAUCCAGUUCAGCAUCCUGUCUCAGCCCCAGUCGCUCCUGGGCUGUGUCUUCAGUGGACACGGUCGUCACCUCACCUAGCAAAACCCCUGUCAAUCAAGGAGGCUUCAGUCAAGCCCAACCAUCCUCCAUCGCCUACCACAACCGCAGCAACAACAAUGCCCGCAACGGUCACCUCCUCCAUGACAACCAGCUCGACUACUACGAGGUGCAGCCGGGCAGCGGUCCUCAGGGUGAAGGCUCGGUGCGGGUCGCCAGUCAGAAUCCCUCCUACCUGGAUGUGAAGCUGGCUCGAACACUGCCAGUGAUCCACAGCUACUCAGACAGACCAAGUGACAGAAAGACAGGCCCUACCUCUCCUGUCAAACCAAAAAGACCCUUUGUAGAGUCCAAUGUAUAGAGAAACAAUUAAAUCUUAAGUCAAGAGACAAGGGAGGAGGGUUAGUGAAGAAUGGUUCAAAAGAAGCACUCAUAUAUUCCAAGAUUCACUGGGACUAUGGAAUUAUUAAGGCCGGGCUAUGCUUGAAACAAACUAGUUUCCGCAAUAACUGUUCAAAUCGUGGCGUGACGUGGACAGGCUUGCUGAGUUGUUGGUUUGUGAAAAAUAAGUACUUUGUUUGAAGUAUACCGACUCCUUUAUUGUUCAGAAGAGACAACGCACAAUGAGGAAGAGGAAGAUGUGGAAGCAAACACUCUAAAAAUCCUGCUUUUGCCUCUUGUUCAUCCCUGGCUUACAGUACAUUUAAAACAGGUCUCUGAAUGAACUCCGCAACUCUAGACAGUGACAUUCAGUCAGACAAAAAAAGACACAGAAGCACCACUAUCACCUUUGUCUGCUGCCGACGCCUUUAAAAAAGAUUUUCAAGCGCUUAAAUGAAAUUAUGUGAACGACUGGAAACCUGGAUACAGUCUCUGCAGGACCCAGGCUCUUAAACGAGUGCCAGUCAGAUGCCGGUCAGUGAACCAGCCCCAAGCCAUAGUUUGAGAAACUAGGACGACGCUGUCAUUGAAUCAGCACUGACUUGCUGUAUAUAAAACAAAUGAGUGAUAUUUAUCUUUUUUAAGUUAUAUCCGUAUUAAACUGGACAAACAUUGUCUCUCUUAAAAAUGUAUAUUGCUUUUUAUUUGGAUUUGCCUUUAUAUGUUUGUUUUGACUGAAAUGUAAACCUUUUCAAAGAGACUAAGUAAAGUUGAAGUCCUGCUUCGCUCAGUUAUGGGUCCACAACAUCCCUUCCUGAUCUGCAAUGAUCAUCCUGUAAAAAUGCCUUUUUAAGGUUUUUGAUUUUUUUUUUUUUGUUGCUUCAGGUAGAGCUGUUUUUGUUGAAGGUCUUUUGUAUUCUGUAGUCCUAAAGGCCCUGAUUCAUGUAAACCACAAGAAUCCCAACUGACACGCUAGGGCCCUUUACACCUGUUGCCAUGGAAACAUUUACAUUACAAACAUUUACAGUUUACAUUAUAAUUCAAGAAAAGCCAACUGUGCGUUCGCUGCACCCUCCCCCCAACACAGUGACUGUUCAAUCAUAGCUUAGCAACGGUAACUAGGCAUGGCCUGUCAAGCUCUGUAUUUCUCUGUCACAUUGAAGCGGUGUGCACCUAUACGUGACAUAAAGAGGGUGGCAUAUCUUUUUCCCCCUAGCUUUUCCAAAACCAAAAACACAAGAGCAAGUGUAAGGAAUGCAUUUCAGCUGCGAUCAUUAGCGUGUCUGGCUAACUAGCCAUAGUAUUAUAGUAUUAAUUGAGCGUUACUGCCUAUGCCAAUACUAAAUUACUUUGGUUGCAGGUUACGCAUCACAAUUAAUAGCAUAGCAUAUCUAUGUAGUAUGUAUAUAUGUAGUUCUGCUCUGCUCCUGUAUUUCAUGCAGUUUAUGCUCCAGCAACCCCAGCCAAAUGAAUUAAUUUGCUGCUUUUCAACCAACUCACAGAGCUAACGUUAGCUUGUGUAACCCUUCCACCAUCGGCUCCUGAAAUGAACUCCAUAAAGAAUGAAACCCCUUUAAACUCUUUAUACUUUAAACGCUGUAAAAUUGUGAAAGAGACAUCUCAUUGUACAAUAAACCCGUCUAGAGACGCAAUGAUUCUGACUCUCUCCAAUGACCAAUGAGAGGCUAAAUAAAUAAUCUUGGUUUCAGUAACACAAUAAAUACAGUACUGUGUGAAUUAACACACACAAGUGUGGAAAUGGAAAUAAAAUAAAGGUGACAAACAAAACAAUUAAUUUAGUCUUUAGUCUGUGUUAACCUGAGUGCGCUUUUGUUGUAAGCAGGCUUGCGUUAAGGUUUGUCGGCGCACUCAAUGUUGUAGCUCAUUAAGAACAGAACAGCAGUAACGCCAUGUUUAGAGUGAAAACAGCUGCUACCACAUAUGUAGAAAUCACUUUUGCCAGACCUGUCUCAGUCUGCAGCAGCACAGAACUCAUAAGCAGACGAAAGCAAACCCUCAACGAUAGCAGACACAGCGCCAGGCAAAAGACUUGAGACGAGCGCUGAAACUCCUCUGGACCGUAGGCGGCGAAACAGCCCACUUUUCUUCAACGACGGCAGCAGUGGAGCUACCCUUGCUGGCUCGCUUCACAGUCCAAAAACACUUUAUCAGUCGACCGUCCCAAAGCUCUACAUUCAGUGUUCAACACAAAAACAAAAUAAUGUAAUAAUUAUUUGAAUGGAGCUCUUCUGGUCUAUGCAUCGAACACAGGACUUGCUGGACUGCUCGACAUCUGACUUCAUCCAUGACCAGUAGAAUUGAUCUUUUAUUAGGCCCUAUGUUUUGUCAAGGCCUAAAUGACCCGAGUCAUCACGCAGUGUUUCCAUUAUUAUCUUCCAGUACUUUUCUGGCAAGACCCAGCUCCAGACUGUAGUGUUCACAUUAGACGACUGGGGGUUUAUUCUGUUAGGGAGCUGGGGCCGUCUAGAGGUACAGGAGCCCAGGGACAAGCACGUUCUUCAGUCUCUGGUUCUCCUCUGACAUCUCCACGGGUCAGGACCGACACACCUGACUCCACCCGCUGCCACUGCUGUGUGUUCGCUGUCCGGACUCUCCAUCUGGAGACACAAAGACACUAACUGGACUUCAGUGUCGGAGAGAACCAGAAAAUGAUAAUGUUCCAGUACUUUGACCGCCAGCUGCCGUGAACAACUCGAGAGUACAUCUAUUAAUCGCAAAAACAUUAAACAGAGCAACAAAUAAAUAAUGAAGUGGCAAAUCUUAUUAUAGAUGCACAAAACACUUCUAAGGUACAUUAACACCGACUGAAUAGAAGUUAUGCAUCUUAACAAUAAAUGAGCUAAGAAAAUUUACAAAUAACCAAUAUAAAUCAGCUGAUUACUCUUGUUUAGCUAGCUACAGCUGAUAAACUGUGACAGAGAAAGUUCUCAUUUCAGAUGGCAAAAGCAACGGUUGAAAUAAGAACUGCUUUGGCUUACCUCGGUCUAAAAUGAAGGCCCGAUUGUUCCAAAAAGGACUGAAAGCUUGUGGUAAAUCUGAUCCUCAUGAUUGUAAACAGAAUAUUUGCUGUCUGAGAAUGGAAAGCUUGACAGGCGUAGCGACAGUAACAAGGGGAGGGGGCUAGUUGUCCAGAGAGGGUGUGUCUAACGGACAAUAUUCAAUAAGUUGGACUAAGCGUUAAUUUUUAAAAAUGUGUUUUAUUCACACGAAUGCCUGUUCUUUUGUAAAUUUCUUUAUAUGUUUCUAUUGAAUCAGCAGCUUGGUUUCAGAGUUGCUGACGCUGAUUGAACCUCUGACCUCUCUGGCGCGGUACAGUCUCUGUGACCACUGCCCUUAUUUCUUACUGCUCAGGAGUCUCCAGCCGUGAGAAGAUGCGGUAACUUAAAUCACUCUGGUUCACAAGCCGUUUUCACCUGUCACUGCCGGUCAUGGUAUGUAAUUCUGGCCAGUUUGAAUGAUGAACUACAUUAUUAGCAAGUUGAUUGGAUGUUCAAGACUAGUUUAAAGAGAAAAGGCGUAGCCAGAUGACAAAAUUGUCCGUCAAUAAAAUAAUGUGCCGUGCUGUACAUGUAUAAUGUAGCCUCCAACCUGCAUAGGGGUCUCGACCCCGAGUUUGAAACACCACAGGUAAUCAAGCUUAAUCCCUGCCUAUUCCCACUUGGUGUGAAAUCUGUUAGUGGGUUUACUGUGGGCUUUUUGACUGUGUAAGAUAAGUGAAUUUAAAACCCAGGAUGGUUACCAUAAGAACAUUAAUUGAGCAUUUAAAACAACAUGAAUGUGUUUUUUUUUAUCAGCUCUUGAAAUUACUGACUGCUGAAUUAACAUUACAGAGAGGAAUAAAGCUGAAUGAAAGACA